CUAAUUUUGUUUUAAUUAAAGGAGAAUCGACACAUAAGCCAUCCUCAGUCGACGUUUAGAAUACAUAGAGGACAUCGAGGAUAUUCAUUUGUUUCAGUGUAAGAUAAAAAUAUCUUUCACGAUUGAACACCAGUUUUUGUUGCGUGGAGUCCUCAAUACAGCCAGAAGAUGUUGAUUAUUGCCAACUCAUCUUUAGCCUGCCUACUAUGGAUUAUACUUAUUGUCUUCGAUCAUGCAUGGGCUCGUCACCCAGAGAAACCUCAUAAAUACACCGAGUUUAUUGGACCCAAUCCUCUGAGAAUAGUAGUGUCUGAAAGAGCAGCCGUCAACAGUACAGUCACAAACACCAAUAACCGGAUCACAGCUCAAGACGGCGACCUCAUGGAUUCCCAGAUUACAUUUGAGCUGAUUUUACUCACGGGUGACGUGCUGGGAGCUCACUAUUUUGGUAUCAGUAGAUUUGACAGCAACUCCGUGGAUAUUUUCAUCAGGAACAAUUUGAUGGAGGGUUAUAGGAAUAUAGACACUUAUCAGCUUGUAAUAGCGGCGUACGAUGCUUUAAAACCUCUUAACAAGGCGUAUAAAGCUGUGCUCAUCACAAUUAAACGUAAUGAAGGUGGCCCGAAAUGGACGCUUUUUCAUGAUAACUUAACCAUACGGGAAGAUUUGCAAAAAUAUGGCAGCGUAACAGAAGUAAAUGCUGCAGAUACACUAGAUAAAGACAAUAUAACGUACAGCAUUCUUGACGAAAAAGCGACAACAGCUAACGUCUCCAGCUCAUCAGACUACUUCUCCAUAGAUGCUCUGACAGGAAUUAUCAAAUUAAAGAAAUCUAUCUUUAGAACAGAAAUUUAUUCAUUUGAGCUCACUCUUCAAGCAUGUGAUAGUGGUACACCGCAAAGAUGCACUGAACGAGUAAUGGCAAUAAAUGUGUCGAAAGAUUUUCCACCUCAAUUUAGUACCGAUCCAUUUUUCGUGAUGCACGAGAAUGAACCUGUCGGAUACAACAUUGGAAAAUUUGUCUCUACUGAUACUCAGCCAGAUGGUCCUACAGUUUAUGAACUUAUCAACCCCCCACCGUUCUUUGAAGUGAAUAGAAGUUCUGGGCUACUGAGACUGAAAGAAUAUCUCCGAAACGAAUUCGAUUUAGAGUACAGAUUCAAAGUGCGUGCGUAUGAUACAGAACAUCCGUUGUAUGUUACAACGGCCAAUGUUACUGUCUUUGUGAUUAAAAAUCCAAACGGCCCUAGGUUUGGACAAGUUAUAUACUCUGAAUCUGUACAUGAAACAUUCAAAGUUGGCAAAACACUGAUUGAUGUGACGGCUACAGAUACAGAUGGGGAUACCUUGGUGUACUCGCUUGCAGGUGAUCCUAACGAUAUAUCUUACCUAUGCAUCGACCCUACAACUGGUGUCAUCAAACUAACAAAAUCUCUCAUCAAUCCACCAAAAACACAAAUCGAGUUUUUCGUUGUGGCACGUGACCAGAGAUGUGUUAAUGAAAAGAACGCUACAGCCAGUGUUAUUGUUAAUGUUCACGUUGAUGCCGCUCCGACAUUCGUCAGUCCGACAACUGUUCCUCCCCUCAAGGACAGUGCUAAGUCUGGAUAUAUAGUUCACACUGUUAAAGCUAACGACACUGAUCUAAGAGGUAACAUGACUUAUAAACUUAUCGGUGAUCCUCCGGCACCAUAUAUGUUUAAUGUGGACCCAAGAACUGGCGCAAUAACUUUGUUACGUGACAUCAGAGGCAGUAGACUCGACAGAUUUGAAUCUUACUUGCUCGAGAUUGUCGCCUAUGACAGUUUAUAUCCAGACAAAAAGGCUACACAGUCGCUGACUGUUAACGUUACCAUGAGUCCACGUGCUCCAGCGCAUAAUAAACCAAGCGCUCAAUACCGUUCUGUUACGAACGAUUCCGUCCUGUCAGGAACACUUCUCGGCAAUGUUAAAACCACAGGCAACGAUGGUAAUACAUACUCGCUUAUAGGUGAUCCUAACAGUAUGGCAUAUUUCUACACUGAUCCAGACACUGGUGCUCUCAGGCACGCAAAGUCUCUCAGCAAUCCACCAAAUACAAAAUUGACAGUAGUAAUGACAGUACACACGGUAAAAGAUAAUACCCCACCCCAGUUUGUUUCUGAUUCAUUCGUUUUCUACAUGCUUGAGACUGAAAGGGCUGGAUACAUCAUCGGAAACAUUGACCUAACUGAUAAUCAUACCCACGGUUCAACUGAGUAUGAGUUGACAUACCCUUCUCAGUUAUUUGAAGUUAACGGAACAUCUGGGCAACUGACUUUGAAGAAAUCACUCCGAAACGACUUCGAUUUAGUGUACACAUUUGGAGUACGUGCAUAUGAUGCAGGCAGGCGGAAAAGAAUAUAUUUUGCAAAAGCCAAUGUAACUGUGAACGUGGUAAGAAAUACCAACGGACCUGUAUUUUUCCAACCACCAUACAACAAGGACGUACAUGAAACAUUCUCCGUAUGCCAAGAGUUGCUUAAGGUUGAUGCUACAGAUGCAGAUGGGGAUACAUUGGUGUACUCGCUUGCGGGUGAUCCUGGUGAUUUAUCAUACUUUGACAUCGAUCCUAACACAGGUGUUAUCAAACUAGCAAAAUCUCUCAUUGAUCCACCAAAAACACAAUUCAAGUUUGUCGUUGUGGCACGUGACCAGAGAUGUGUGAAUGAGAGGAACGGUACAACCAAUGUUUUAAUAAAUGUCAUCGUUGAUACUGCGCCGUCAUUCGUCAGUCCGACAACUGUUCCUCCUCUCAAUGAGACAGCUAAGCUUGGAGAUGUAGUUCACAUUCUUAAAGCGGACGACGCUGACCUAGGUGGAAACAUGAGAUAUAAACUUGUCGGCCGAUCACCGGCACCAUACAUGUUCAGUGUGCAUCCAACAACUGGUGUGAUUACUUUGUCACGUGACAUAAGAGGCAGUGGACUCGAAAGCUUUGGCAAUUACACCCUGGAGGUCGAGGCCUUUGACAGUUUAUUUCCCAACAAGAAAGCUACACAGAUGCUGAUGGUUAACAUAACCAUGCAUCCAGGUGAUCCAGAGUAUAAACACGAUGCCGGUUACCAUGUGAACAAGACCGCCCUCAGUAAUUUGCAUAAGCACUUGCUGACGAUAAGAAAAUUACUGAAACCUUUUGUAUUAGAUAAACAUACACCAACAUAGAAACACUGAUCACUUUGGAAAGGUCAGUGACAAAACACCACUGGGCAGCUUAGACAAGUUAAUUGUUCACCAAACCUCACUCUUAAACACAACCAUUCUUCCAAAGUUACAGUACUAAAGUGUAAUUAAAAGUUAUCCCAGCCAACUGAAUCGCUUACAUACGCAAUAGUAACAGAAUGCAUGAUACGUUUAUGUAUAGCACAAACUGAGUAGUCUUUAGAUUGUUUUAUAUUUGUGACGGGGCAAUCUAAACGAGUGGGGAUAUUGGCCAUAUGAACAAAAUUAUCUAAAUAUUUCCCAGGACCGCGGCAAAUUUGUUGGACUACAAACUGAGGUACAAGCAAGCUUGAACUAUAAACGCAUGUACUCCGUGCCUUUGAAGAAGAUGGCAACAUCAAUGGUCAGCAGACAGAUACAAAAGCGCUUAGUUCCGUUGGGCUUUAAGAACUGCCUGUCAUGGAGUCUUUCACCUGAUCCGUCAGACAAAAAGAAGAAAGCAUAGCAUACAACUGUUAACUUGUCGCAAAUACAUACUGAAAAGUUGCCUUUACCAAAACAUCGAAGUUUCUACGCUUCUCAAUGAUCUUAUAUAGAUGUAUUUCUUUUAUUCACCUACGCGAUUUGUAGUUUUCAUGAAUGUUCGUAUUUUGUUUAAAUUGGCUUUCAUAUAAAGCUAAACAAUAUCUGAUAAAUAUUUACUAUAAUCCAGGAUUCCAGAUCAUUUAAUUAGAUGUACUUUUGUUGUUUAUUUUAAUGCACUUGAACUUCCUCUGUAAUUAAUGUACUUACGAUGUUUUUGUCGAUGUAAAUGGAUCUUUCAUUGUAAUUACACGUACAUACGUUGUUUUUGUUGAUGUAAUUGGAUCUUUCAUUGUAAUUACAUGUACAUACGUUGUUUUUGUUGAUGUAAUUGGACCUUUCAUUGUAAUUACAUGUACAUACGUUGUUUCUGUUGAUGAAGGUUAAGCUUUCUCUGUAAUUACAUUUACUUAUGUUGUUUCUCUU